GGUAAUAUUUUAAUGUCAGAUAAUUACAAUGAAUUAUUUAUUAUUGAUUUAGGAUUAUGCAAACCUACAAGUGUUUUACAAAAUUCCGGUAAUAAAGUUAAUGAAAUUUAUGGAGUUUUACCUUAUAUGGCGCCUGAAAUAUUAAGAAAAAAACCUUAUACUCCAGCAAGUGAUAUUUAUAGCUUUUCAAUGAUAAUGUGGGAAUUAACAUCCGGCAUUCCUCCAUUUAACCAUGAAGCACAUGAUCAUCACUUUAUCUUGAGUGUUUAUGAAGGGAAACGUCCUAAAAUUAUGGAAAAUACUCCAAAAUGUUAUAUAGAUUUAAUGAAAAAAUGUUGGGAUUUAAAUCCUUCCAAUAGACCAACCAUAAUAAUGCUUGAAAAUAUUAUAUCUGAAUGGGUUGGAUGUAUUAAUAAAUAUUAUGAAAUAAACAAGAAUGGAAAUUAUAAAUUUUUAGUGCCUAAUAUUGAUAAUCAAUUAAAAAAUGAUUUGAUAGAAUUUAUAGAAGCAAAUGAAUCUUUAAUGCAAAAUCAAGCAAAUACUUCUAUUAUCCAAUAUCAUCCACAAGCAUGUUAUACAAGCCGCAAACUUACUGAA